AUGAAAAAAUGGAGGCUGGGUGCUUCUUCGAUCGAAAAAGAGCCUUUGAGUGGAAAAUGUGAAUCCGCGGUGGAGGACUCUCGCUCUCUCGCUGGCGACCUGGCGACUCCACGGCGACCGAGCCCGUCCACCACCACCACCACCACCAUCACCGCCGCCACCACCACCACCUUCGCCACCACCAUCAGCCCUGCCGCCUCCCCCAUCUCUACCCUGUGCGCUCGUCGGUGCUGGUACUCUCCGGUACGCACGGCGAAGGAAGAUGUCCAGCUCGAAGUGGACUGCGGGUUUCCCGUCGUUCGCCGAGGAGUUGCGGUGGGGAGAGGAGAGAAGGCGGCGGGAGGAGGCAGCGAAGAAGGCGGAAGAGGAAGCGAAGAGGGUGGAGGGGCGAAGGAUGGCGAUUCUGGGGCGGAAGCUCUUAAUCCUUCAGAUCAGCCUCGGUUCGGAGUGGGCGGUGGAGCAGAUGGAAAAGGGAUGGAGGCCGCAAAUCUCUGGGCAGGGGCUCGAGGAGCAGGUGGCCGCGGCGCUGGCGAUGGUCAAGUCGAUGGAUCCCGAAGACCCGCGGCGUCAAUUGGCGGAGCAAGGGCUGGAGGAGCUGGAAAAUUGGAAGCCGUGAAGACCUCGUUCCAGAUCUCGCCGGUGAGGUCGUCCCCGGUGCUGACGCGGGGUGGAGUCUCGAGGCCUGCUAUCGCUGCGGGUUGUAGAGGCUCGGCUGAUGAUUGGCGACGUAGGGAGAAGAUCAGGAGCGAAAAUCCUUCUCCGACGAGGUACUGUUCGCCGGAGAGGGUGGGGAAAUUUGGAUGGUUUGAACAGAGGCGGGGCCCGUUGCGCAGUGUCUCGCUGGUGGAUGCAAUUGGUGGUCGUCGUUUGGACCCUUCCAGGCGAAAUCGGUCCGUCCAUGUUUCCUCAGGGUUGGCGUCUUUUGGAAGUACGUCUUCAUCUAGUUAUAAAUCUGUGGAUGCGCCGGCUGUGUCGGCCAACAAUCUCCUGGUCGGAUCUAGGUCUACGCCUAGUGCCCCGACCUUGGUCUGGGUCAGGAGAGAAUUAGUUCGGGAUAGAUCCUUCACACCUGCUGAUUGCUAUCCGGCUGGCCGUGGAUUUCUACCUAGAGCAACAGUUAUCAAGUUCUCUGAUCUCUGGGGUGCUGCCGAGGGGAAGAGAUCUUUCGUCGAGGUGGUUUCAAUGGCAGGGGGUGGUCGCGGUGCGGGCAGAUUCGGUGGUGGGACUGGUCGUGGGUCUGGUGGUGGGCGUGCACCCACAGCAGCGGCGGCGACAUCAUCGGCUGUUCCCUCUGCGGGUGCUGUCAAAGAACCUGUGGUGGUCAAGUCAGAAUUUCCUCCACAGAUGAUGCAACAAAUGGGGGCUGGGCAAGGUAUGUUCCCGAUGCUUCAGCCACACAUGUGGAACAUGCCGAUGAAUCAGUGGCCUCAGUUUUUCGGCAGCCAGCAAAUCCCUCAACCUGGUUUCAAUCCUAUGUUGAUGGUUCCGCAAGGGAUUCCACAAAACCUCCCGCAAUCAAACAGUCAGGGGAGUAGUGCCAGUAUGGUUCCUUUGCAGCAAUCACAAGGCUCUGGUGCUGGGAAGAGCAAGAAGAAGAUUCAGAAGAAUGCUGUUUCUGAUGGGUCAAGACAGACUGGAGAUAAAGGAGGUAAUAAUCUGCAACUAUCUGUGAUGGGUGGUCCUGGGCCUAUUCUGGAUCCAAAAUUCAAGUCUGUAACUUGCUACAAUUAUGGAGAGUUGGGACACUAUGUGGGCCUGUGCACUAGGAUCAAGAGGUGCUUCAUCUGCAGCAAGACUGGGCACCAUAUGGACAAUUGCCUUAUGUGGUACUCUCUUCUUCCUACUGCUCAAUAUUGGGGGAGUGCAAAUCCAGGGCUGGGUUUCUUCCAUGUGGAAGUGGAGGGUCCAGAAGCUGUGCAAUGGCUAAAUAUGGACAAUGUUGGUGUGGUGGUGGUCAAGGAAGGUGAAAUAUCAGCUGGUGACCUUGAGAAGUGUUUCAUUGAUAUGUGGAAGGCAAAUUGGUUCUGGCAGAUAAGACAGAUUGGCCCCAAGAAGUUCUUAGUGAGAUUUCCACCUAGCAAAAGGAUAAAGGAUUUGGUGGAAUACCCUUCCAUCAAUCUAAAAAAAGAUGGGGUGGUGAUCUACUUUGAGAAUUGGGAGGGGGAAGCUGAGCCUUUUGAGGAGUUUCAGGAAAUUUGGAUCAAGAUAUAUGGUAUACCUGCCAAAUGGUUGACCUGGAAAACUAUCUGCCAAGUCUCAACAUCUCUGGGUGUGCUUGUUAAUAUUGAUUGGCAAGGCAUAUUCAGAAGUUUUUAUGAAGAGGUCAGGGUCAAGGUGGCUGUAAGAGACAAGACCAAGAUCCCAACCAACAAGCUGUUUGAGAUGGAGCAGUGUUUUUACCUGGUCAACUUUGUGGUAGAGAGUGAAGGAGAAGCUAUUGAUGUGGAUGAAGAUGAUGAUGAAGAUCCUGGUCUGGGCAAUAAGGGUGACACAGUGAAUGAUGAUGAUGAAAUUGGAGAUGACUUCAAGAGCUUGGACAAGGAUAAGCAAAGUGGAGCUAAUAAUAAGAUGGAGACAGAAUCUUCUAUGCCUCUUGGUGGGAGGAAUGAAUUACUUUCUGCUGCCCACCAGAAGCUGGAGAUGUCUGUGCUGGAAAAAGUCCUUGGGAAAGAACCAGUUGUGCAAGUCAGUAAUGCUUUAAUCUUAAGGGAAGUUGAGGAAAAUGUUGGGAAGAAUCUGCUCCAGCAUUUUGAUGAUGAGAGUGAGGAGGAAGCUGAUGCUGAGAUCUAGAAGGAAGAUGGUUUGGUGCUCAACAAUCCUGCUCCUGUGGUGGCUUCGAUGGCUUGGAAAGAGAAGAAGACCUGGGGACCUGUUCAAGCUACAAGGAUGAGCUCCAGGAUUACAAGGGAUGGUAAAUCUGCCAUAGAAAAAGCUCAAGAUUUGAAGAAGGCUAAAAAUUUGGAGAUUCCUAAAGCCAAUCAGAGAAGAAGGAAGAAACAAAUCUGUCAAUUGCAAGGCGAUGAGGGUAUGGUGGAUGACAACAAAGGCUUUGUGGAGACGCUUGCUAAACAAUUGUGCUCAAUGGAAGAUUCUGCUGAAGGAAGAGGAAAAAGAAGGGCUGAUAGGCUUGAUGAACAGGUUGGAAGGAGUGGCCAGAUUGCCACCAAUGAUAUUGUGGCCGGAUCCUGGGUGAUUCCACAGAAGAAGGCAAGAACUACUCUGGAGGUUUGUGACAGGAACAAUUCGAGAGGCUUGGGCCCAAUGCUAAUGACUGCGGAAGAUUUGGCAAGAACUCUGGACGCAAACGAUCUGGUCCUGGUGGGGGAUGGAGCAUGUUUUCAGGUCAUGGGUCGUCAGUGACUUUGCCUGUUUUCUUCUGAUGGUUAGUUGUAAGUUGUUGGCUCUCUCGUGUGUUGUCUGGUGUUGUAAUAAGUAGGUUUCCUGCGAGGAGUUUGGUGUGUAAGGUUUAAACUUCUGAAUGCUGUAAAACUGGGAUUUCUGGUUUCAAUAUAUUGGAACCGGGGGCAUGCCCCUUUUUCUCUAAAAAAAAAUGUGAAU